AUGAGACUGCUCAAUGUCAACACACGGCAGCUGGAGGAGUUCUCUGGUGAUACAGUCCCUCCGUACGCAAUUCUCUCGCAUACAUGGGGACCUGAAGAAGUCACGCUGCAGGAUCUGGCAAGACAAGGACACCAGCAGAAGCAAGGUUACACCAAGAUAGAAGGUUGCUGUCAGCAAGCGAAAAAGGAUGGAUUACUCUGGGUAUGGGUAGAUACGUGCUGCAUUGACAAGACGAGCAGUGCGGAACUUUCGGAGGCUAUCAAUUCUAUGUUUCGCUGGUACGAGGCCUCCGAGGUGUGUUACGCCUACUUGCAGGAUGUACCAUCCGCAUCAGAUAUCUACGCACAAGACUCCGCGUUUCGAGAUAGUCGAUGGUUUACUAGAGGAUGGACCUUACAAGAGCUGCUUGCCCCGCGACUGAUACGAUUUUACGACACCGCAUGGAUGCUAGUUUCCCCUACAAACACCAGAGAUUCCAGCAAUACGGCUAACGAAGCAUGGAUCACACUCCUGAGCGAUGUCACGUCUAUUCACAAAUACUUUCUCCUUCAUCGCUGGUCCCUGCGAUUCGUUUCAGCAGCAUACAAAUUCUCAUGGAUGGCGAAACGAAGGACGACUCGUGUGGAGGACGAGGCAUAUUGUUUGCUAGGUCUGCUUGACAUAAAUAUGCCGUUGUUGUACGGGGAAGGUACCAAAGCCUUCAUUCGGUUGCAAGAGGCUGUUCUGAGUGGGUCGGACGACAUAAGCCUUCUGGCUUGGGGAUACAACCUUCCUUGCUCGCCAAACGAUUCGUAUCUCGCAACAUCACCAGCAGCAUUUCUUGAACAUCUGAAGGAAAACUUUUGGCGGCAUCGACGGACAUCAAGAACUCAUACUACCGUGACUGGACGUGGCUUACACAUCGAGCUUUUCAUGGUUCUUGUUGAUGCGCAAGAAAAGAUCUGGCUAGGCAUCGUAGAAGAGCAGCAGCAGGAUGGGGAUUGUUUUGCAAGUAUAGGAAUCUUGCUUAAGCAAGAUCUGAGAGGAGACGGAAAAUUGUUUGCGAGAGCUAGCGGCUGUCCACCUGUUCGCAUCUUCAAAACCGGCUUCUGGAAAGGCAUAGCUCGCACUAGUGGAUGGAAAUUGAUAUACAUCGGGCAUGAUGGCUGGCAUCCUUUCAAGGUCACUGAGAGCAACGUCUGGGACAGUCGUCCACUUCUUCCACGGCUUGACGCGCCUUCUUCUAGACCUUCGUUCAUCAUGAAUAUCUCCUCAGUUAGCAUUAUGGGAUACUCAUUUGCAAGCUCGUGGCCAUCAGUCUUGCAACGCUGGCCUGGCUUCCUCGAUGGAUCCGUACUCGUCUGCGUUGGGCCACACAGCAACCUUUUCUACAUGAUAUCUUCCAAUGAAAAACAGGAGAAGUUCGCACUAAAAGUCCAUUCUCGAUGGAACAAGUACAGCCUGAAAUCAGCAGACACAUCAUUUGGUGCACUUAGCGGCAAAUAUUGCGUAACAGCUGCAGAGCACUGUCGUGGAACAAAGAUUGGGUCAAAAGCUCCACAGUUCGCCAAGGACAUACAUUGGAGCCCUUACUUGGCUACGAGAAACAUUGUCACCAAUGACAAUGGUCAUGUGUGUGCAAUAUAUGAGGGUGGCUCGAGAAAACAGCCUCUUGUGGAGUUGGCGUGGAAGAAAGGUCUCUAUAUUGAAGGAGGAUAA